AUGGAACCACAAAAUAAUCAACAUGCACAGGUUAUUGAAAUCCAUCGAGAUGUUCACGAUCGUGAAACGAGUAAUAGUGGGAGUAAGAUUUGUGGGGAAGCACCAUGUGGACUUGCGGAUGUUGGAUCCAACUAAGAUGCCAAAGAACGAUCAGCCUCCAUGCGCAAGCUUUUAAUAGCAGUGGUACUUUGUGUUCUGUUCAUGGCUGUUGAGGUGGUUGGUGGCAUUGAAGCCAAUAGUUUAGCAAUAUUGACAGAUGCAGCACAUUUGCUUUCGGAUGUUGCAGCAUUUGCCAUCUCCUUGUUCUCUUUGUGGGCGGCUGGCUGGGAAGCCACUCCCCGUCAGUCUUACGGGUUUUUUAGGAUUGAAAUUCUUGGUGCCCUGGUUUCCAUCCAGCUCAUAUGGUUGCUUGCCGGGAUAUUGGUAUAUGAAGCCAUAGUUAGAAUGAUACAUGACACAGGUGAGGUGAAUGGAUUUCUAAUGUUUCUCGUUGCCGCAUUUGGUCUAGUGGUUAAUAUAGCUAUGGCCAUACUGUUAGGCCAUGAUCAUGGGCAUGGACAUGGACAUGAUCACGGUGAUCACAGUCACGGAAUGACUAUUUCUGCUCAUCACCAUCACCACGAUCAUGCUCACGAGAAACACUCGCAUGGUCAUGAUCAUGAGGUGCACUCACAUGAUCAUGAGCACCCUCACACUCAUGAAGAUGAUCAUGAACACCACCAUGCCGACAAGGAUCUUGCUGAGCCACUGUUGGAUAAGCCGAAAGAUGGGCAAGUAGAGAAGAAGCAAAGGAACAUAAAUCUACAGGGUGCUUAUCUCCAUGUGCUUGGAGACUCGGUACAAAGUAUUGGGGUAAUGAUCGGCGGGGCAAUCAUAUGGGCCAAGCCGGAGUGGAAGAUAGUUGAUUUGAUCUGCACCCUAAUUUUUUCGGUCAUUGUUCUGGGGACAACUAUUAAGAUGAUGCGGAACAUUCUUGAUGUCCUGAUGGAGAGCACGCCGAGAGAGAUUGAUGCAACGAGACUUGAAACCGGACUGUUGGAGAUGGAGGAAGUGGUAGCAGUCCACGAGCUGCAUAUAUGGGCUAUCACAGUGGGGAAAGUCCUGCUGGCUUGCCAUGUGAAAGUUAGACCAGAAGCAAAUGCAGACAUGGUGCUGGAGGACGUAAUAGCUUAUAUCAGAAGGGAGUAUAACAUCAGCCAUGUCACGAUCCAAAUCGAGCGUUAGCUGUCUUUCGCAAGGGCAAGAUGAUAGGGGAAGAAUUGAUUAUGUAUAUGGCUGCAUAUACUCUUCUUAGAAGGGUUUUAGAUUUUUUUUAUAUCAAGAUUGUGUUAUUUAGGCAGGAAAUUACUUUCAUUUCCUCCCUAUUAUCUAUAAAGAUGUAUGUUUGGUGCAAAGCUCUUGGUAGUUUGAAUUGAAGAUGUAGAUUCCAAUA